CGAGCUCAAUCUAUCUUGCAAUCAAAUUACUGGGCCCUUGCCAGAAUGGUCGGCCAACUUGACGUUUUCCAUGCUCGAUCUAUCUUACAAUCAGAUUACUGGGCCCCUGCCAGAAUGGUCGGCCAACUUGACGUUUUCCAUGCUCGAUCUAUCUUACAAUCAGAUUACUGGGCCCCUGCCAGAAUGGUCAGCCAACUUGACGUUUUCCAGGCUCGAUCUAUCUUACAAUCAAAUUACUGGGCCCCUACCAGAAUGGUCAACCGACUUGACGUCUUCCAGGCUUGAUCUAUCUUACAAUCAGAUUACUGGGCCCCUGCCAGAAUGGUCAGCCAACUUGAUGUUUUCCGAGGUCGAUCUAUCUUACAAUCAGAUUACUGGGCCCUUGCUAGAAUGGUCAGCCAACUUGACGUUUUACGAUAUCGAUCUAUCUAAUAAUCAGAUUACUGGGCCCCUGCCAGAAUGGUCGGCCAACUUGACGUUUUACGAUAUCGAUCUAUCUAAUAAUCAGAUUACUGGGCCCCUGCCAGAAUGGUCGGCCAACUUGACGUUUUUCACGCUCAAUCUAUCUUACAAUCAAAUUACUGGGCCCCUGUCAGAAUGGUCAGCCAACUUGACGUUUUCCUGGCUCGAUCUAUCUAACAAUCAGAUUACUAGGCCUUUGCCAAAAUGGUUAGCCAACUUGAUGAUUCAUGAGCUCGAUCUAUCUUACAAUCAGAUUACUGGGCCCUUGCCACAAUGGUCAGCCAACUUGACAAUUUCCAAGCUUGAUCUAUCUUACAAUCAGAUUAUUGGGCCAUUGCCCAACAUGUCUAUUAAUUGUUCCUUUUUAGAUCUCUCCCACAACUUGAUCUUUGGACCUCUUCCGAUAGAUAUCGGUAUUAGGUACCAAGUAUAUGAUUUGCAUCUCAAUGAUAACCUGAUCAAUGGUACUCUACCGUCAUCAUUAUGCAACAUGGAGCUGGUUGAAUUAAAUCUUGCCAACAAUAGCCUAUCCGGAAGUAUUCCAGACUGUUGGAAGAAUUCUUUAUCAUUCUUGACUUUGUCAUUUAAUAAGUUGUCCGGAAUAAUUCCUAGCUCACUUGGAUCAUUGCCCUACCUUAUUAGCCUACACUUGAAUGGAAACCAUCUCAAUGGGGAGCUUCCUCAAGCUUUAGGUUAUUGUACACAUCUGGUAAUUUUAGACCUUGGAGAGAAUAAUUUGUCUGGAAGCAUUUCGACAUGGUUUGACGAAAGCUUUCAGUCCUUGUUGAUCCUGAGGCUACGGGAGAAUAGAUUUGUCGGCAGCAUCCCUUCACAACUCUGUUCACUAUCAAGAUUGCAAAUAUUAGAUAUGGCAAUGAACAAUUUGACGGGAACGAUCCCACAUUGUCUUGGCAAUAUGAGCAGCAUGACCAACUUCAAUCAAAGCAUUCCAUUUGGAUCGAGAAUUUUAAGUCUAGAUUGGGAUCAAGAGCACGUGGUUGAGAUCAUAAAGGGAAGAUAUAACGAAUACACCAGAAUUGUUUUGCAACUUGUGGUCAAUUUGGAUCUCUCUAGCAACUUUUUGAAUGGGUUAAUUCCCGAAGAACUUUCUUUCCUCUCAGGAUUGCAUGGCUUGAACUUGUCUCACAACCAUCUCUCUGGAAAUAUUCCCAUUGGCAUUGGGAACAUGACGUCACUCGAGUCUCUUGAUCUUUCAAACAACUACCUCUCAGGGACAAUUCCACAAGGCAUUUCAGAGUUAACAUCCCUAGCCCACCUCAACUUGUCACAAAACAACUUGAAUGGGCAGAUUCCAAAAGGAAAUCAAAUUCAAACACUCGAUGAUCCUUCCAUUUAUGCUAGCAAUCCUCUACUAUGUGGUGAUCUUCUGAGAAAAAAAUGCCUCGGAGCUGAGGCGCCUCAACCACCGAAAAUCUCUCACCCAAAAGAUACACAUGAAGAGGAUAAGCUUGAUAAGGCAUUGUUCUAUGUGGUUGUAAUGCUUGGAUUUGCAACUGGGUUCUGGGGCUUUUUCGGAGUUUUACAGUUCAAGAAAGAUUGGAGACUUGCAUAUUUCAGCUUUGCGGAUCAAGCAACAAACAAGGCUUAUGUGACCAUAGCAGUGAAGGUAGCCAAGUUGAAGAGAGUGAGACUGUCAGGAAGCACAUAAGAAAGGAGCAAUCUCGUGCUCUCUCCCCUGCCUUUAGUUCUUCAUUUUAGGUUUACUUAGAACUUGUGCUCGUGUGAUCUCUUCCCUUCCAUGAGUUUGCUUAUUCAGGUAAUUUAAUUAGCAUUCUAUGAUGUCUAUUCUCAAAACACUACUCUUUCUACUUUGUCUUCCUAGCCAAACUAUGCUUUCUACUCUCUCUCUUUUCAGCCUAAAUAUGAUUUCUAUGCAACUUCUUUUCCCUGUUAAUGAGUGCUCGUUCAGACAGAUUUAAAUGGGCCUCAACAUUGACGGGCCUCCAAUUCUUGGAUCAUGAGAGGAUGGGUAGGGAAGCACGCAAAUGGAUUCAAAACUAGAAAAUUUCCGCCUUGGUUGAAUUUUAAAGCUGCUGGAAAUUUUCCAAUCUUCUUGGUAAAAAAUUGUGGCCGAUAUACUAAUCUUCCGCUAAAAUAGUAACUUGCGAAUAUCUUUAAAUUUCGCAAGUGGUUUUGUAUAUCACCGUGAAUUGACCAAUCUCCUAAUUGAUUUAGCCCAUUACCAAGUUUUUUCAAGUUUUACGGGCGGGGUCUAUAAACUACCAGCACUACAAGCAGUCCACUAACAUCCUGAAAAUUUGUAAAUUACCAACUUCUCGGAAAUUAUCGACAUUUCACGAUUUUGCUAGCUCCUUUGAAAUUAUGAGUGUCCUUUGUAAUGUACUAAUAUUAUAAUACAUUUACCAACGUUAAUUUGAAAUAGUAAUUUAUUUUAGUGUUGGUACUUUAAUUACGGCCCUGGCAAAAUUCCAAAGGAGUUGGUAAUUUAUUAUUUCAUUUGAAAGUCGAGAAAUUUCUUAUAGUGGCGAUAAUUUUCUAAAGGACUACUCAACAUUUGAGUGUUGGUCAUAUUAUUUUUACCUACGGUAUUAAACAUCUAUCAACUAAGUCAGAAAUCAACUAAUAAAAGGAAAAUUUUGUAGCUUUUUAAACGGCUAGAUCAUAGUAAGCUGGUCCCCUAAAGCUGAUUGGGUUUUUUUAUUUUUUUAUUUUAUUUUCAUCUGGAAGCUAAUGUGACGGCCCAAACGGCGGUGCGCGAGGAGGAGGGAUGGCAGUGCGUCCGCGCUUCAGUCCCCAGAUGUGCGCAGGGAAGGGAUCUCUCUCUUGUCCCGCAUCGCAUAGGGGGGAGUCUUGGGCUAGUUUAUAAAGAUUGGUCCCUCUAAUCUGUGUAACGCGUUUCACGUACGCUUCCGCUAUGCUGAGAAGAAACCCAUGAGGGAGGACAACAUUACACAGUGGGGCCCAGGUCCUUACAAAUGGUAUCAGAACCGACUCCCGACCACGUGUGAGGCCAUAACGAGGGUGCCGUGCUCCCAAGGGGAGGAGGGUUGCGGGUGUGAGGCCAUAACGAGGGUGCUAUGCUCCCAAGGGGGGGAGAGUGUGCGGGGAGGGGGGCCCGGGUCCUUACAAAUGGUAUUAGAGCCGACUCCCGAUCGCAUGUGAGGCCAUAACGUGGGUGCUGUGCUCCCAAGGGGAGGAGGGUUGCGGGUGAAGGGCGUUGAUUUGCCUAUUGGAAAUGGAACUAAGAGUGUGACCGCCCAGAUGGCGGUGCGUGGGGAGGAGGGUUGCAGGUGAAGGGCAUUAAUAUUGGCUAUUGGAAUCAGUGUCCAAAGCGGAAAAUGAAGGGUGUUGAUUUGCCUAUUGGAAAUGGGGAUAGUUCCAAUUCUCAAUAUUUGGACAGGAUGAGUUUUGCUCGGAAGCUUAUGUUCUUUCAGCGACUAUAUAGAAUCUGAAUUUAACCUUACAUAAUGAUAAAAUUCGGGAUGCUGAUCAAAUUUA